UAGAAAAGAGGACAGUACAACAGGAACAACCCACACACACACACACACACACUCACAGAAGGACACUUAUGGUACCAUCACCAAGCUAUGUCUGGGGCCCACUUGUAGAUUUUGUUACCGGAUCCAAACCUGAAAAGUGGCCUUUAAGAGAGUGUGAGGAAGUGGGGGAGGCGACAACAUUCCUGCUCUGAAGAAAAAGUGCUGUUCCUGGAAACACUGCAGCUGCGCGCCACUGUGGCCUCCAUUGGUUUACAAAAAACUACAGAGACCUUCACACAAGCCCAGACUUUCACCUAAAGCAGUCAACUUUGUAAGCAUUUGAGUGUGGUGCGGUGUGUGUGUGUAUGUGUGUGUGUGUGUGUGUGUGGUCAUUAUGGAGCCCAACACCUCCCAGUUCCACUGCAACCAUUCCACACAGUCUCUGGUGACCUCGGUGCUGCCCCCGGUGAUGAUCACGGAGGUGCUGGUGGGCUUGCCCUGCAACCUGGUGGCUCUCUGGAUCUUCUGGUUCCGCAUGAUGGGCUGGCGCGCCAACGCCAUCUUCCUCUUCAACCUGGUGCUGGCCGACUUCCUGCUGCUGGUCAGCAUGCCCUUCCGCAUCAACUACCUGCUGCACGGCGAGGACUGGAUAUUCCACGGAGCCUGGUGCCGCGCCAACCUCUUCAUGCUGGCGGUCAACCGCUCGGCCAGCAUCGCCUUCAUGACGGCGGUGGCGGCCGACCGCUACUUCAAGGUGGUCCACCCGCACCACCGGGUCAACCGGGCGAGCCCGCGGCAGGCCUGGAUGGUGGCGGCGCUCACCUGGGCGCUGGUGGUGGGCCUGCGGCUGCCCCUGCUGGGCACCGCGCUGGAGAAGGUGGGCGACGACGGGCGCAUGCUGUGCCGCAGCUUCGACUCGUACGCCGCGCCGCCGCCGGGCAUCGUGCUGCACAACGCCGUCUUCGUGCUGGAGUUCUUCCUGCCGCUGCUGCUGCUCAUCUUCUGCUCGGCGCGCAUCGCCUGCAUCCUCCGCCGGCGCAACCUGGACCGUGAGCGCAAGGUGCGCCGCGCCAUCCGCACCGUGGUGGUCAUCGUGGCCGUGUUCGUCGUCUGCUUCGGCCCCGGCAUCUUCACCGGCCUGGCGGCCGUCCUCUACAAGAAGCUCCGGCCCAGGGACUGCGACGGCUACCAGCUGGUCACCCAGCUCUUCAGCCUCUCCAUCGGCUUCACCUACCUGAACAGCGCCCUGGACCCCGUCAUCUACUGCUUCUCCAGCUCCAUGUUCCGGAACGCGCUCAAGAGCUCCAUCAACCGGCUGGGCGUCGCCGAUCUGCAGCUCAGCCGAAGAGGCAGCAUGACCAGCGACAGCUAACAGAAGUGGGUCGUCGUCGUCGUACCACAUGAACAUUAUCACAUGCCGAUGAACACCACUGAUGCUGCCUCCUGCUGGCUUACGCUGGUCUUCAGCUCUGAGAGGUCAAUCUAUUGGACAUUUCCUCAUGCAGAGUGAAUGCACUGACAAAUGACGAGGGUACUACUACCCACUCGGCUACUUGUAUGAACAAGUACAAAGGACCAGGGGAUUUAGGGAGCUAGAGGCCGCAGUAGUGGUCUCCUUCAGAACAUUGAUCUUGAGCUAUUUCUCUUGUGACUGAAAUCCAGACAUUUGAAGGUCACUUAAAGGGUAGCAGAGACAAAUUUGCACACAGGUGAUCCAUGUGACAACAUGUGAACCUGUCAUAUGGAUCCUUUCAGAAUGUCCCAGGACUAUGCAAAGAUCUGGUUAUGUUAUACAACUGUAAACAAACAGUAAACUGUGUAACUGUAAACAAUAUAUAUUCAUUUGGAUUAGUAAUUGUGUAAUAUGUGAUUAUAAAGCUUGAGUAAGUGUUGCGUGUUGUGUGUUGUCCAGAGCUGAGCAGCGAGGCAUAUUUUUAGGCGGGUGAUCUAGGUCCUAACAGAAUUGAGAAGGACUUCACGCAGAAGUGAAAGGUUAAAGCUUGUCCCUCCCUUUCCCUCUUUUACAUGCCCAUUUGAACAUGAAGCACCCUGUUAAAUGCUCCUUUAUACCUAACCCCAAUGUAUCUAAAUGGGAGAGAGGCCAGAAGUUAUUAUGUGCAAGCAUUUGAGAUGAGCUCUGAGAUGCAUCUGUAAGGCUAGCUUAAUUGCCCUACCUGCAGUGAAGUUGCUGGGUAAGGUUCCUAUUGUUUUCUGUAUUGAGUGUUACUGUGUAAAUAAAUAAAUGUAUUUAAUUGUAUAAA